AUGCCACGGCUCCGAGUGUCGCUCGGCCUCAACUCUGGCAGCAGGUCGGGGCAGCCGGCGUGCACUGUGGUAAUCGACCCGAGUGGCGCGGCGCUGAUGCAGGCGGUGAGCAACAAGCUGCGGCUCAAGAAGCGCGAAGCAGCGUCCGCACACCUCUACGUGUGGAGCACCGGCGUGCGAGUCGAUCUGGCCGCUGCCGACAUCAGUGGCUGCGUCGCUGACGGCGACCUUGUCGUGGUUGGCUUUGGCGAGCCAUUCGCAGGCAAGCAGCCCGCCGCUGCGGCAGCGGGCAGCGAUCCCCGGGCAUGGGAGGCCCGCUGGGAGGCGCGGUCGGCCGACCUGGCCCUGGUGGAGUGGCGCGACGCGGUGGCGAUGAACCGAGCGCUCGGCCGCCUCUCGACGCUGCUCGAGCACCCGGCGCACCGCGGCAGGCUCGUGAGCCACGCACAGCAGCGGCGGCUGCCGUCGGCGUCAUACCUCGGGCACAACCUGUACGCAGACACGCUCCGCAGCUUUGAGAGCCUCGCCGCCGCCGCCCGAGAGGCUGAGGCGGCUGCUUCGCCCGCGGAGCUCGCCUUCCUCGCCGGGUGGGCGGAGAGAGGCGCGCCGCAAGUGGUGGUCUCGUACGUCUCGGGCGCCACGCCCACCCUCGCCCACGAGCUCUGCCACGCGCGGUACGCGCUGCUGCCGCCGUACCGCGGGGCGGUCGACGCGGCGUGGGCGCGCCACGAGCAGCUCCUCUGCAAGUGGAUGGCGGACCUCGGCUACCACGCGUCCCGCCACGCAGACGAGUUUGGCGCCUACCUGCUCACCGAGCCGCACGCCUUCUGGCGAGGCCGCGUGGCGCCGCGCGAGGCGGCAGAGCUGCGCGCCGUGCUCGCCGCCGCCCUCGGCGAGCCGCUGGACAAAACGGAAGGCCCGUUCGGCGUCCGGCCGGUGAGCACUCAAGCGGAGGAGCUGCUGAUACCAGGGAGCGUCUAG